AACUCCCGCCGCUAUCCACCACUUGAGAUCCGCACACCCCAACACUUGCACGACACCCAGCAACAUGCGCUUCGCACUUACCGCCUCCUUUGUUGCGCUCCUCGCCACCUUCGCCAUGGCAGUCGCACCACAGAAGUCUGUCAUCAUGAGCUGGCCGAACGACACGCCCGACAGCGUUGUGCAGGCGGCGAAGCAGGCCAUCAUCGACGCCAAGGGCACCAUCACACACGAGUACAACAUCAUCAAGGGCUUCGCCUGCACCGGCCCAGCGUCGGUCUUCGAAUUUGUGUCGACGAUGAAUAACGACCACAAGCCGGAGAUUGAGGAGGACGGCGUUGUGUACACGCAGAACAACUAGGCGUAGGCCACACGGCAUUGACAGUGGGCAGGCUGUCUGCACACCAGCAGUUAUGGAAGCAUCAUGAGGCUUCAGUGUGCGGGUACCACAAAUGUAUGAGUUGGCUACAUGUCGAAGAUGCGAUAUGCGAUGUGCUAUAGGAUAUGGUAUAUGGGACUUGGUUAUGGAGUAUGGCGCAGGAUACUCCCGGCAGGCGUUCCACACGUUAUCUAAGAGAAAUCACACUUUCUGUUCUGUGUAU